GCGAUUGAUCCGCUUCGCCUAUCCAAACCAACCCGUUAUCUUCAAAAUGCAGAAUGCAGCAGCGGUGGUACCGCCAUCCUCCGUCCUCCACUACCACCACCACCAUCACCACCUCUUAUCCCUCUUCAGAUCCUCAGAAACAAUAGAAGAAGCUAAGACGCUUCACUGUUUAUCUCUCAAAACCGGUACUUUCAAUCACUCUUCCGUCUCUUCCCGCCUUCUCUCCCUCUACACCGCCCGACCUAUCAACGACCUAACCUACGCUCGCUCCGUUUUCGAUAGGAUCCAAAGCCCUUCUCUCCCCUUAUGGAACAUGAUGAUCAAAUGCUACGUCGAAAACCAUCGCUCCCACGAAGCAAUCCGUUUGUUCUCUCAUCUUCUCACUGAGUUCUCCCCCGAUAACUUCACGUUGCCUUGCGUCUUAAAGGGCUGUUCUCGUCUGUGUGCGGUUGAAGAAGGGAAGCAAAUCCAUGGGGUUUCUCUGAAGCUUGGUCUCACCUCGGAUAAGUUCGUUCAGAGCAGUUUGGUGAGUUUGUAUUCGAAAUGUGGCGUCCUUGACUGUGCACGCAAGGUGUUUGAUAAAAUGUCUGAGAAAGAUUUGGUUUCUUGGAACUCUUUGAUUGACGGUUACGCUCGUAGCGGCGACGUUGAAACCGCAAUGAACCUGUUCGAUGAAAUUCCCGACAGAGAUUCGUAUUCCUGGACCGCCUUGCUCCACGGGUUCUCGAAAUCAGGGCAAAUCGAGGCUGCUAGAGAUGUGUUUGAUAAGAUGCCAACAAAGAGUUUGGUGGCAUGGAACGCGAUGAUCAACGCGUAUAUGAGAUCAGGGGAUUUCGAAUCAGCUUGUGGACUGUUUAAGAUCAUGCCUGAGAGGAAUUUGAUCACGUGGAACACAGUUAUUGGGGGAUACGAGAGUAAUGGUCGGUUUGAAGAAGCUUUGAGUAUGUUUGUCAGAAUGUUAAAGGAGGAAGAUGAUCUGAAGCCUAACGAUGCAACAUAUACAAGUCUAAUCUCUGCCGUGGCUGCAUCCGCUAUUCUUAGCACAGCAAAAUGGGUUCAUUCGUACAUGGUCAAGAACGGGAUUGGAUCCGAUGGUGUGAUGGGGACUUUGCUGAUAGAAAUGUAUUCCAAGUGUGGAAGCAUCGAGAGUGCUUUAACAACAUUCAGAUCGAUACAUAGAAAGAAGUUGGGUCAUUGGAACUCGGUUAUUGUUGGACUAGGGAUGCACGGGAUGUCGGAUGUAGCGUUGGAACUAUUCAAACAGAUGCAAGAUAGUGGCAUCAAGCCCAACGCAGUGACCUUUGUAGGGUUGUUGAACGCUUGUAGUCACGUCGGAUAUGUAGAUGAAGCUCGUUUCUACUUUGAUUUGAUGGUAAAAGAGUAUAAAGUUGAGCGUAAGAUUGAGCAUUACGGUUGCCUAGUUGAUGCGUUAUGCAGGACUGGGAAUCUCCGAGAGGCGAAAACCACUAUCCAAAACAUGCCAAUGAGACCAAACAAAGUAAUCUGGAUGAGCCUUUUACGCGGAGCCAGGAACUAUUUAGAUAUUGAGAUGGGUGAGUACGCGGCGCAUCAUUUGAUAGAUUCAGCUCCAGAGUCCCAUGUUCCUCUGUCGAAUAUGUAUGCAGCUGCGGGAAAAUGGGAGAAAGUUUCCGAAGUCAGAGAGACUAUGAAGAAGAAAAGGAUCAAGAAGAAAGCAGGCUGGAGUUUGAUUGAGCAAAAAGGUGUGAUUCACAGAUUUAUUGUAGGAGACAGAUCGCAUCCACAAACAGUGGAAAUAUAUGCAAAGUUAAAGGAGAUGAGGGAGAAGCUGAAAGCGGCGGGCCACAUCGCGGAUACUAGACAGGUUCUGUUGCGGAUAGAAGACGAGAAAGAGAAAGAGGUUGAACUGGAGCUGCAUAGUGAGAGAUUGGCUAUAGCUUACGCUCUAAUCAACAACAGCAACGGUCCAAUAAGGGUUCUGAAAAACCUAACGGUAUGUAAUGAUUGUCAUUCUGUGACUAAGUUGCUAUCUCGUAUCUAUCAACGAGAUAUCAUUGUGAGAGACAAUAGUAGAUUCCAUCACUUCAGAGACGGAUCUUGUUCUUGCAAUGACUUCUGGUGAUUGGAGUUCACUUCUUUGUUCAGAGACAUGUAUCAUUUUUCUGUUGGGUUUACGAAGAGUUAUAAAAGUUACGCUGGUUUCUGUUUA